AUUUUUUUUUUGGGGGGGGUGGGGGUGGGAGAGAGAGACUAUUUUGAGACUCACAGUCAAGAGAAAUCCAGUAGUUUCCCUGGUAACGAUUUUCUUUUAAGUUGCAAAUAUAUAUUUUUUUUGGUGGAGGAUCAAAGGAAAGCAACGUGUAUUAUUAGACAGUUGUUGGCUUUCUUCUGGGCAUUGCUGGGCAUUGCUGUUCUCCUUUUCUGAUCAGUUUUAACACACACAUACACACACACACACAUGCAAAAAAAAAUCAAUCCCUCCAAUGUUUAGGGCUGAGAGCUUUCAUCUGACAGCUCACUCCAAUGCACACACACACCACACACUCACACUCACUCACUCUCACUCACUCACUCACACACACACACCACACUCUGUGCUGUGAGUCACUCUCUCGUUGAUCACUGUUUGCAACGCUCUGAGCUGCUGCUGGUUUUGGGGUGUCAGACUCCAGGAGAUUUGAAGUCCUGGCUUGGCUCGGGAUACGUUUAUUUUUCCGAGAGAGGAAACAAAAAAAAAGGGAACAAACAGCGUUUGAAUUUGCUUAGAAGGAAUUCAGGUUUCAGAGCGAUUUUUACAAAAUGGGAUUCGCGGACCAGACAUUAAAUUCCUACUUUGAUUCUUGGUUUGGACCAAGGGAUCCCAGAGUUGAGGGUUUUUUACUUCUAGAUAAUUAUCCCCCGACCUUUCUACUCACUCUCAUAUACCUCUUCGUGGUCUGGGCUGGACCAAAGUACAUGAAGAACAAGGCACCUGUGUCUUGCAGGGGAACACUAGUGGUGUAUAACAUUGGAUUAACGCUCCUAUCCUUAUACAUGUUUUAUGAGCUGUUGACAGGGGUUUGGGAAGGAGGCUACAGCAUUUUCUGUCAGGAUACUCACAGUGCUGGCAAAGCUGAUCUGAAGAUUGUCCGUGUCCUAUGGUGGUACUACUUCUCUAAAGUCAUAGAGUUCAUGGACACUUUCUUCUUCAUUUUACGAAAGAACUACCAUCAGAUCACUAUUCUGCAUGUCUAUCAUCACGCCACCAUGUUCAACAUCUGGUGGUUUGUUAUGAACUGGGUGCCCUGUGGUCACUCUUUCUUCGGGGCCACUCUUAACAGUUUCAUUCACGUCCUGAUGUAUUCCUACUAUGGCCUUUCCGCUAUCCCAGCAAUGCGUCCGUAUCUUUGGUGGAAGAAAUACAUCACUCAAGGGCAGUUGCUCCAGUUUGUGAUGACGAUAAUCCAGACCAGCUUUGGUGUUGUCUGGCCAUGUGGAUUUCCCAGUGGUUGGCUGUACUUCCAGAUCGGCUACAUGAUCUCCCUGAUUGUCCUGUUCACUAACUUCUACAUUCAGACCUACCAGAAAAAGAGUGCUUCCAGAACGAAAGACUGCCUAAACGGCUCUGCAAACGGACACACAAAUGGCUUCUCUGCUCAAACCGACCACUACUCAGCGAAGAAAACCCACUAAGAUCUUUCCCCCCCAACCCCCCACCCCCGUGCUAGAACUGUUGUUUUGUCGACACACUUAAUUUUCAAAAGUUACCAACGUGUUAACGGCACCCGGCCCUGCAUUAUAUUCUAGCCAUGGAGGGUAAGACUUUGGAGGUGAAUAUUGGUCGCGACAAGUAAAUGAAGAGAAAAGUUUAGAAAAAUAAUUUUAUUCCAAAACGUACCUUGAAAUCUUAGGCAAGUAGACGAAAAUCAUAUUGACCUGUAGUUUUACAAAACACAGUUAGAUUGUAACCUGACCUAGAGGUAAUGGAUCUCAGUGUGAAUCAGCUAAAAUGUGGUCAGUCGUUAGUUUACAACACUGUUGUUGCCUUACUGCUUAUUUUUGUGCUGUCUUGUGUUCACUUUAGUCUCAAAGCAUAUUUAUAUACGUCUAAACUGAAAUUGAAUUUGGCUUAAGACUGCAGUGCUGCAGAAUUGUUGUGUUUCAAUGUAAUGGGUCUGAAGAAUGCCACUGCUCUAUCUCGAUAAAUAUCCAUCGUUUGGGUAGGGAUGUGAUUGUUUUUUUGGGGGUGGGGGGGAGAGAAGGGAAAGACACGAUUGUGUUGCAAUGCAAAAGCAGCCCGAUCGAUAGACAACUGUUUCACAAGGUGCAACAGCAAUAAACACCAACGAAUUGCAUUUAUAACAGCGCCUUUCAUGUUGGGAGGACGUCCCAAGGCGCUGGACAAUGAGGGCUUUGCACCUGAGCUGAGGGUUGGGAUCAGAGACGGGUGAAGGGAGGGCAAGGAGGAUAGGAGGAUGGAGGAGGGAAGAUGACCAAAGGCACGGUCGAAAGGAAGGUCUUUGAAAAGGGUGCUGUUUGAUUCCUGUUGAAUACAGGUAAGUAACUAUGAGAACACACCAUUUAUCUUGUCCCUCCCAUAGACUCUAAGUGGGAGGGACAUAAGGUCGCAAGAGAGGUUUGUAUUCUCAUCCUUACAGAAUACCCACCCCCACUUGUCCUCCAACACAGCACCAAGUUACUACUUUAAAUGAGUCCCAAUUCACUAGCCUCUGUCUCCCUGAUAACUCAGGGAGUGGUGGUUCCCAUGAACUUUGCUCUGUCGUGAUUCAGUCCAGUGAAUGAGGUAGUGGGGAAAGGCACAGGGUAAGGUGUGGUGGGGGGCCGGGGGGGCGCGACAGAGUGGAUGGUGGACUUGUGUGUGGUGGGGCAAAGUGAGAGGAACGUGUUAAGAAAGGCUAGCAGCUACAGUUCUUAUUUAAAGGUGAAAGGUCGGCGUGACCAUUUGGUAUUUAUUGGGAUAAAGUGAUGGAGUUUUGAGGUAGUCAUUCUUCAAUUACUUUCCGAACUACACAGAGCGUGACAGUGAUGCAGCACGGUAGCUUAAAUGAUGCGUGCAGUGCAGUGCAGUGCAGUACACGAAUGCCUUAAAAUUAAACUGCAGGGUUCUCAGCCCACCCGCCCCCCAACCCCCCCGCCCGAUUCCUCCUUAUAGUUAACCGAAGUUAUCGCUUUACUGUGUGUGUAAACAAAGUCCAUGCAGUUUCCAACAUCCAUUAAUCAGCCUCGUGGUUGAGGAUGACCCUCAGUUAUCGGUUGCAUAUUUGAUCAGAGGGUUUGCUCAUGACUAAUAAUUUGCCAGCGUCUUAAGCAUUUCCUCGCCAAUUGAUGUGACGGAGGUGUAACGGAACAGUCGAAGCAGCUUUACCGUUUUUAAUCGCUGAUUAGGCGUCGUGCCUAACAGAAAGCGGAAAAAAAAUUCCUAGCACCUGUCUUGUGCGUAUUUUCUCGUCAGGAAUUUUUAAGUAAUGCUUCCCCCUUCAUCAUCAAGAACACUAACCAGACCCAUAUCCAUCCCAGUACCCGCCCCUCCACCCCCAUACACAUACACACACACACCUCCCUGCACACACACACAUACACCUUGCUGCACACCCACCCACACACACACAAACCCCCCCUCCACAAACACAAACACACCCCACCGUGCAUUCAUGCUAUUGAUCGCAGGGUCUCCACUUGUGAAGAAUUGUUACUCACCUCCGGAUGUAAACGCUUUAUUAGGUUCAAGUAUCCUGAAGCACUUGACACAAUGGGCUUAAUUCUGAAAUGCUCAGACCAACGCGGCAACUAACUAAUUUAUGCCACCAACACCCCAACAUCUACAAACAGAUGAAAUUGGACGAGGGAGGAAAAUUGGCUAGGACAUAGGAGAGCAUUCACCGCUCUUCUUUGAAAUACUCCAACACCUCCCAAUCUCCCCCCUUAUACACACACACACACACCCGGGAGCUUUAAUGUUUAACGUUCAGCCAAAGUGCAAGAACAGGCAGACAGAACCUUGAGUUUUGUCAUCUCGUAUGAAUAUCUCAGUCCUGUUGCCAAGAACAACAGAGGUGCAGUGUCGAAUAAAGGCACCUGUUAUUGUCCAUUUCCAUUCCCCCACCCCUCUCUCUGCCAUAGAAACUCGCAGCUAAGAAAAUCUCAGCACAAAUCUCGUCCAAAACUAAUAUUACACUAAUAAUACAAUAAUAAUAAUCCUUGCACUUGAUAUAUUAUCACGUCUUUGAGACAUCUCAAAGCGCUUCACAGAAUAUACUAUAAAGUGAAUUGACUGUAUAUUUUGACUGUAGAAUUAAAUCAUCUGCUGACCCUUUAGCUAGUUUUAUGUUUAUUAAUAGCUCCUGGCUGAUUUGAUUUGAGAGAUUUAAUUUUUUUUUAAAGAUCUCUUGGCACAUUAAGCGUUUUAAUAAAAAGUUAAGUUUGUACAAAACCGCAUCAACAUUUUUGCAACCUGGUUUUUAUUUCUUAUUCAUUUGGCCAAAGUUUUAAGUCAAAUAAAAUAAAUUUGGAAAAUCCUCACCAUCACCAAAGUAGUCAUGUUUCCAGUUUAAAGUCAUAAUCCUUACAUUUGAUGUAGCGCCUUUCACGUCAGGAGGAUGUCUGUUUCAAAGCGCUUUGCAAGAUGUAAAGUGUAGUGACUGUGUAUUUUGUAGGCAAACAAGAAAGCCAGUUUGCGCACAGCAAUGUCCUACAAACAACCUAUCCCCUUUAAGGAAGGAUACGGAGACGUAUUGUACAGUACAAUCCGUGCUCUCGCUUGCUAGAACACUUUUAAUUGACCUUUGAAACUGGAGAAUAGCCAGUGAAUAUUUUCCAGCCUCUGCCUAGAGAAUCUGAGGUCGGACCAAAAUGUUUGAAUUAUAGAACUCUCAUAGCUAGAGAGAGGUCCAGAGACUUCUCCAGAUUUCUCAUGGAUUUAGCCUCGAGGCCCGUUUCCUUAAAGUUUUAAGAUCCGGGAAGAACUGUGGAAAAAUUCGAAAAAAUUCCAUCUUGAUUUGAAGUUCAUUUCCAAAUCAGCUCCCAAAUUGAAUUCAAUAAUGUGACAAAUUUCUGCUCCUUUGGAAAGUGUAAGACAACGAUCCCGAAGCUAAGGCCAUGGGAAAUCUUGCGGCCUGAGGACUGACUGGUGAAAGUGUCCACUGGCUCUCCUACUACGCCUGAGUUUGUGGUUGUGUUUAGGUGUUAGUAGGUACCAGCACCUGGGAACAGAAUGCUGACUGUAAAUGAAUGAUUAAAACACAGUGCAAAGCUCGUAACAUUGAAUGUUAAGAGAACAAAGUACCUCUGGGGAGAAAGAGACGCAACCAGAAUCUAGAUUUACUCUUAUAAUCCUACAAUUUUGGACCGUUCAGAAUUUGUCGAAUUGAGUUUAACUUUGAACUUUUCAAAAGAUACCUGUCUUCCAAACGAAAGACUGUGUUAAGAACUGAGCAAAUCCCGGACAUAAACUUUGAAAUGCUACAUUUAUUGGGUAAAUCUAAAUCCAGGUGAAAUCUCCCUCUCCCCAUCACCUCCUUUGAGCUAAGCUGAACUUUUUUUGGGGGGGCAGAGAUUUACAGCUCGUAUAGUCGGUGCUGUUACUUUAUUUUUAGCCAACGGUCAACGUGAUCGGGUUUGUGUUGGACACCUUUUAAGAUAUCUGGAGGGUGUUUUGCUAGGAAGGAAAAUGGCUUGAUUGUGGAGGUUGAAUCUCUUGUUGCAUAUUUAACUCUCCAGCACUGUGGAAACUCAGCCAAGCUGUUCUGAUUGUCCUGAUUAAGUGUGACAUAAUGUAUCCUCGUCUUAUCCAGGCACUGAAUUUAUUUUCAGUUAAUGCUGCUCUACGAUGUCGAAUUGUGUUUUUUUUUGUUUGUUUUAACUUGAACUGUGAGCGUGCUGGUUUAUCCUGUGUCUGAGUAACUUGUGCAUUCAGCAGCUGUAACAUCUGCAGGUGGACUCUACAAUUACAGAAUUAAAAUCUUUACUAAACUGA